AUGGAACGUGCAUGGUUGACAGAAACAGCGGCAGUAUUUACACCGCCGCAGGAAUCAGCAGAAAGCCAACGGAGUGUGAGAGGACAGAACUGCCGUAAAAACCAGCAGCCAGCAGUGAAAACUGGAGGAUAUAGUAGUUUGCGACAGCAGGCUUCCGCCGUACCAUUCUACGGCACACCGUGGGCACCUCAAUGCAAUGCCGUAGAAGCAACAUGGAGUUGCGUUCGUGCAAGCGGUACCACGACUAGUGACCAAGGCUUAGAGUGCGAUACCAUGAGCGACGUGAAUGGGAAUUGCUACACAUUUGAAACAAGAUAUACGCAGGAAUCACCUAAAGACGAAGGUGAUGGUGCCAGCUACAAAAGCUCAAACAACCGUACAUGGCAGCAAGAAACUUCCACUGAGCACCAUCAUUGA